UACACCAGGACAUCAUGGUUAGAAGGAACUUCACCAACGUGCCUGACUUCAUCCUCACGGGGCUGACGGACUCUGCAGAGACACAGCUGGUCCUCUCUGUGCUCUUCCUCCUGAUUUACUUGAUCACAGUGCUGGGUAACUCAGGGAUGAUACUGAUCAUCCGCCUGGAUCCCCAGCUCCACACCCCCAUGUAUUUCUUUCUCACCCACCUGUCAUUUCUGGACCUCAGCUACUCAAGUGUCAUCACCCCUAAAACCUUACAGAACUUACUGACUUCCACCAAGAGCAUCUCCUUCCUGGGCUGCUUCACCCAGAUGUUUUUUUUUGUAGUUUUCAUUGCUACUGAAGGUUUGCUUCUCUCCUCCAUGGCCUAUGAUCGCUAUGUAGCUAUCUGCAGCCCCCUGAACUAUCCAGUCAUUAUGUCCACAAGACUGUGCCAUGCCCUGGUCACUGGCUCCUAUGUUAUGGGCUUUGCAUAUUCUAUUGUGAUUGAGAUUUCCAUGACCAGACAGCACUACUGCAACUCAAAUGUCAUCCAGCACUUCUUCUGUGACACCACUCCUAUUUUAGCCCUGUCCUGCAGUGACACUUCUGAGGCUGAAAUCACUAUAUUCAUUUGUGCUGGGGCUAAUUUAGUGCUGUCCCUCAUCACCAUAUGUGCUUCCUACAUGUUCAUCCUCUUCACUAUCCUCAAAAUUAAUUCCACUGCUGGAAAGAAGAAAGCCUUCUCCACCUGUGCCUCCCACCUCCUGGGAGUCACCAUCUUCUACAGCACCAUGAUCUUUACUUACCUAAAACCGAAGACGUCCUACUCCUUGGGCAGGGAUCAGGUGGCUUCUGUGUUUUACACGAUUGUGAUCCCCAUGCUGAACCCUCUCAUUUACAGUCUCAGAAACAAAGAGGUGAAGAAUGCUGCCCUGAGAGUCCUGUGGAAGAGAGGCAAAUCCUAG